UGACUUCAGGCUCUCUAUUGUGAAAACCAGGAAGUCGUACGACUACGAGGGUAAACAAAUCGUACGACUAAGAGGGUAAACAAGGGUAAGGUCGUAAACAGAUGAAAUCUUGUCACUCUUCAACAUGUUCAGGGCUUUGGAUUUGUAAGUGAUGAAGAAUUCUUCGAUGAAAAUUUCACCCGAUCAUGGCAGCAAUUGUACAUUUAACAUACAAUUGUUUACAGCUGCUUAAUCAGUAUCUUGGGACAUUAUGGCCUAUAAAAGUUAUCAUAGGAAAACAAACCCUGCAACCAAUAUCUACUGAGACAGAACUGAAAGUGCUGAGAACAUUCUAUCUUCUGAAGCGUAAAAAGGAUGUUUGUCAGUCAAGGAACAAAGUUAAGGAACUUGUAUCUUCGUUUCCCCUGAAUGAAGAUGUGCUUAGUGUUUAUGACACAACAACUGGAUGCAAUCUUCUGCAGUUUGCAAUAAUAAACGGAGAUAAAGAUUUGGCUUUAAAUUUGUUGAAAUGGCAUGGUCGUCAUGGUUACAAACAUUGCAGUCCUCCUGUUCAUCUGGCAGCAUCUUGGGGAGAUUUGACAAUUCUACAACACCUUCUAAAUAAUGGUUUGGAAUGUAAUUUUGCAGCAGGGAUCUGUUAUCCCGAUCCUCAUCAACCAGUUGGCCAUACAAAAUGGCUUUGGCUAAUGGAUCAACCAGUCUACAAGUGCAAUAAGAAUCAGUUGUUACCCAUUUAUUGGGCAAUAGUUAGCGACAGGGUAUCAUGCUUCGCAAUACUUCUUAAUCACAUGAUCAAUAAAGGGGAGAUAAUCCCUGAAAUGGUUGAUCUUCUUCAUUUUGCAUGUCGUAGAGGGGCAAGCAAAUGUAUCAGUAAAAUUCUUUCUAAAAAUCCAUCAAUCGUCAACUCAAUGGAUGUAAACAAAGACACACCCCUUUUACUCGCAGUAGUUUGGGGAAAACUAUGCUCAAAGACUUUGAUUGAUUUUGGCGCUGAUGUAAAAAUUGUAUCCAGUAUUGGAGAGACAGCUCUUCAUAGAUUAUAUAACAAUGAUGUUGAUGGUUUGUUUACAAUUUUUGACACUACAAAAUAUUUAUUGACAACUGGGGUUGAACAAUUGAUAAACUGUAAGAACAAUAACGGAGAAACCCCUCUUCAUGUGUUAGUGUCACAUGUAUCUUACAUAGGAGGGAGCCUGACACACCCAGACGAGGUCUUGUUAAAAUGUUCACGGCCUCAGUUACAGCCAGAUUACCAAAAUCAAGUUGUUGAGACCCUUGAAUUAUUGCUGAAAUUUAAUGCUGACCCUGGGAGCCAGAAUAAUCAUGGACUUCAGCCCUUGGAAAAAUUAAUGCAUAUCGCUCUAAAGUCUUGCCUACCAGAGUCUGAGCAAUGUGAAUGUGUUAAAUUGUCUAUUAGUUCAACAUACAGUUAUAAAAAUGAUUAUGGUCAUUUGUGUAGUGCCUUAAAAGUUUUGCUUGACCGAGGGUCAGAUUUGAAUAAAUCAUGUCUUGAAGGUCAUACUCCUUUAUUACUCAUGAUGCAAUGUUUAUUGAAAGACAAUAUUGAAAAUUUAUGUGAACAAAGUAUGGAAGUAAUAAACAUUGUAAACUUGUUACUAGAAAAUGGUGCUAAAACUCUGAAAUUUUGUCAUGGUGGCUCUACCAUAUUAGCAAAAAUCGCAGCUCGUUUCUUUACCAUUUCUGACAAUAAUUCAUCCAUUUUUAGUGAUUCAAGGCAGAUAUUUUCAUCACUUGUAAACAGUUUAUUAGAGACUUUUCUGAAAAAUGGUCUUAACCCAAAUUAUGUCACUGAUAUAAAAAGCCAGCAUUUGCAAGGAGGUAGUGGGAAUUCGUUAAUUGAUUUUGUCCGUUUAACUGAAAUGGCUGCGGUACCAGAAGACUUCAUUGAAAUCCACAGAUGGCUGAAAACAUUGUUUGCAUGGGGUGCAGACCCGGAUCUUGAACCUUAUCCUUCAGAACCUAUCAUUUGUCAUUCACAAAGUUCAAUAUUUCUGAAAAAGCAAGACACGCAGGCUAUGAGUCAUUAUAUCCAUGAAGUUAAAGACAUGGGUAUUAAUAUAUUCCAGGAUGGAAAUGCGCAGGAACUUCUGAUGAUAUUCUAUAAUACUAUGUCAUAUGAUAUUCUGUAUAACUGUCUAAAUACUGCCAGAGUUAUCUCCCAUUUUCAUCCCCUUGGUGCAACAAGGAAAUCUUUCCUACAAAUUCUAAACCGUCUGGCUGAAAAUCCAAGAAGUUUAAAGCAAAAUGCUAGAGUUGCUAUUUACAAAUCUAUUGACAGAAAUCUAGUGGAAAAAGUACCUCAAUUGCCUUUGCCUACAUUGCUCAAAAAUUAUUUGUUAGAAAUAUAUUAAAUAUGCUGUUAAUUGCUGAAUUGGUCUUUUAUAUACUAUGUGUAAAUAUGUGAUGAUUAUUUGUGUAUACAGCUGUCUCAAUGUAAGAACAGAUCUCAAUAUUCUGUAUCAAUAGAAAAAAAUAUAAAUCCAGCAAUGACAGAGACACUUUACAGAUUGAUCUUAGAAGAUACAUGUACUACAUGUAUGCAAUAUGCACUAUCAUUACCAAAUGCAAUCAUUUUGUUUCUAUUCUUCAUUUUUGUCUUGAAUUUAAAGCGAUAUAAAUUAUUUAUGACAGCUAUAUAUUUUCAAGGGUGAAAGACCUGGAUGCUGCAUACCUUGUAUUCAGAUCCCUUAUCAUGCUUACAUGUAUGUUAAUAAGUUUUUAUCUGACAUAUGUCCAUUGUCCUUGACUCCAUUUUCAUGGUUUUGGGACUACUUAAAAAUGUUGAGCUUUGGCAAUGUUAAGUUCUUUGUUUUUUAGAUGGUUUUUGGGAUACGAUUGCUGUCAAGCAAUCUGUAGACUUUUACCGUUGACUCAUGCUACAUUUCCUCACGUCAUUCGUUUUAUUCUAAACAUUCAGCAACAUCUCAGAUUCUUAUGAUUGUCUUGCUUUAAAAGGUAAAAACAAGCAAAACGAUUGAACAUAAACAACUUUCCUGUAAUGUUUUACUCAUUAUCUUCAUGUGUGAUAUUUUCCUUGACUUAUAUGCGUGUUUUUAACAACACGGAAAAUCCGAAUAAACAGUAUUUAUAUUUA